UGAAGUUGCCAAUUUUACUUUAAGGUGUUUGAAAGUUUUCGUACACAACGUUUCACACCACUCGCCAGUUUUCUAUUUUCCAGGCUAACAGUCCCUGCUAGAAUUUGCGCCUCGUGUAUCCAGAGCCUUCAGAUACCCUCAGCCAGGCUUGAACCGGGGACCCUCCGGCACUCCGUGCUGAGUGUCAGGGAGUAGCAGAGAUCAGAGGUCAUGGAGCUCGACCCCUCGGAAGGCACCAGAAAAUUCUGGUCCCCAGGGGGCGCCCCCUUGUUGAUCCGUCUGUUCUCCGCCGGAGGAAGCGGGGCACCUCUCACCCUGGGACCCUCUGGCCUCGAAAAAGCCGAAAGGCCCCGAAGUCCUUGGCGCGGGCAGUUCUUCCUGCUGUCUAACCUUGGGCGCCUGUGUCUUACCUGCUCAGCGGACCAGGUGGGCUUUGCCCAGAGGCUGGGAACUGGCGGCGGCGGACAGUGGGCGGGAAGGAGCCGCAGGGAGCCCCGGGGGCGGGACGCUGGGGCGGACAAGGCUGCUCCGGCUGUGGCGCCGCCCCUGCGCUCCGCGCACACCCGGAAGCAGCGCGAGUCCCGUGGAGCCGGGCGGGCGUGGGAAUCCGGGCCGGGCCAAGGAGGCCAGUCUCCAGGAGGCAAGAUGGCGGCUGGGCCAAAUGGGAUUGAGGAGUGGGUGGGCAGCGCAUACCUGUUUGUGGAGUCCUCGCUGGACAAGGUGAUCCUGUCGGAUGCCUACGCUCACCCCCAGCAGAAGGUGGCGGUGUACAGGGCUCUGCAGACUGCAUUGACAGAGAGCGGCGGGAGCCCGGACGUGCUGCAGAUGCUCAAGAUCCACCGCAGUGAUCCGCAGCUGAUUGUGCAGCUGCGUUUCUGCGGGCGCCAGCCCUGCGGCCGCUUCCUCCGAGCCUACCGCGAGGGGGCGCUGCGCGCCGCGCUGCAGGGGUGCUUGGCGGCGGCGCUCGCCUUGCACUCCUUGUCGUUGCAACUGGAGCUGCGCGCUGGCGCGGAGCAGCUGGACACCUUGCUGACGGAUGAGGAGCGCUGUUUGAACUGCAUCUUCGCCCAGAAGCCCGACCGGCUCCGGGACGAGGAACUCGUGGAGUUGGAGGAUGCGCUCCGGAAUCUGACGUGCGGCUCGGGGGUCCAGGGUGGUGACGUGGAGGUCGCUCCGGCCCCCUCUCCGUCGGAGGAGAAGCCGCCGCCGCCGCCGCCGCCAUCUGGCCAGACUUUUCUGUUCCAGGGUCAGCCCGUAGUGAACCGGCCGCUGAGCCUGCAGGACCAACAGACGUUCGCGCGCUCAGUGGGCCCCAAAUGGCGCAAGGUGGGGCGCUCCCUGCAGCGCAGCUGCCGCGCGCUGCGGGACCCGGCACUCGACUCACUGGCUUAUGAGUACGAGCGCGAGGGGCUGUACGAGCAGGCCUUCCAGCUGCUGCGGCGCUUCGUGCAGGCCGAGGGUCGUCGCGCCACGCUGCAGCGCCUGGUGGAGGCGCUCGAGGAGAACGAGCUCACUAGCCUGGCAGAGGACUUGCUGGGCCUGGCGAAUCCCGAUGGCGGCCUGGCCUAGGGUACCAGAGAAAGGGGCGAUUGGCCAGUUGCCCAGCCAGGGUUUGGAGCAUCUGGAUGACCCCAGGGUCCCUUCUGCUGCUACUGCUGACUUCCUGUCCAUCCGCGGGACUGAGACCACACUUAAAACCCAACUUAGCUGAGCUCCUGGAGCUGCUGGGCAGAGUUGACUGCCUUCUCCGGGAGUCCGACAAGCACUCACCAUGCCUGCUGGGGUGCCAUUGAGGAUUCAGUCCCAGAUAGUAUGAUAGAGACAGUGCGGGGUGACCUGCUGCAGCGGUCUGCCUUACCCUCCCCCACCCCAGAAGAAGGGCUUCCGGCCAGCCCUUACCUCUUCACUCAUUGAACAGUUACUCAUUAGGCACCUGCUGUGUCCUAGGCAUCAUCCUGGGUGCUGCAAAUACUGUGGUGAACAAGAUAACGAACCGGCCUGCCCCCAGUUCACACUCAGUGUGGGAUUCUGAAUACUAAGCAGCAGUAAUAAAGUAUUACCCGUU